GCGUCGUAUUCAGCUCCACUUCGCGGCUCACACAAUCACAAUCACAAACGGUUUCUUGUUCAGUUUCAGACGUCGCGUCCGCAGCGAACGGUCGCGCAUCAAAGAAACCGUAAUUGCAGGAAAUUUCAUCAUCGAGCCGCGUAUUACAGGCCGCUUUUACUUUUUCGCGUGACACCGGCUACAUUUUGUUGUUUAGUGUGACGCACGGGAGGGUUUUCUUAGUAGCACAGGAAAGAAUGCAAUAAAUUAAAAGACAAACAUUCCGAACAAUAAUUCAGCCAAGAUGACAUCGAAAUUGGUGCAGAUGCAGGCUCGUUUUCAACAAAAACAGAUGCAGGAAAAAGAAGAAAAACUUCUAAAAUUAUACGAAAAUCAACAACAAAGAGCGUUUGAUAGAGUUGGAAGAGGCAGUGCCGGCAGUAACGAUAGUCUACAUUCCUCAAAUGGUGGUUUGCUUGGAGGUAAAGUGCGCCAAAUGUUCGAUGAACGAAGACAAAAGGCUGGAAUCGAUAAAAGUUACCCACUAGAGCCACUAAAAUCAAAAAGUAAUACUAAAAACAUAAAUAUUGAAAGAAAAAAUGGAACUGUGAAAACGACUGUCAAAAGCACUGUGCAAAGUAGUACUAGUGUAAUAAGAAAUGGAAAACCACUGGUUAAAAAAAGAGAAGUUGUAAAUAGGCUAUAUGAAAAUGAUAAUGGUAAAGAAGCUUUUGAAACUAAUAGAUAUAUUGAUGAUGGGACUGACGCAUAUCAUUCCAAGUCCUACAGAGAAAUGAUAGAAAUGUUGGAUAAUAACAAUUCAAGUGAUAGUUUAGAAAACGAAGAGAUGCCUCGUAUAGGAUUCGAUGAAGUUGACCACACCCAAUUAUAUGAAAAAGACAAUAACUUAACUAAUAAUAAUAAUAGUAAUGGAACUGUUAAAAAGUUAUACACAAAAAGUCCUGUUACAAAUGGAGUUACCGCUAGAACUGAAAACUCUGUACCUAAAAAGAACAACUUAUCGAAUACAAAAAGGAAUUCUGCAGCACAUUCACCUAUAACUCCUAAAACUAGUACACCAAGUAGUCCAGCAAAGAAAACUACUCCUACGGCAACUAUGAACGAUAAGUCUAAAUCCCUACAACAAGCCCCGUCAUCAUCUCGCCCAUCUGCCAAACAGCAAAGCCCCCGAUCCGUAGUAACUCGAGACGACCUCACCGAAUGUAAUUAUUGUGGCAGAAGAUUCGCUGAGGAUCGAGUUCAAAAGCACGAGGAGGUUUGUUCAAAAACGGGUAAGAAGAAAAGAAAAGCAUACGACGCCACAAAGCACAGGGUUAUGGGUACAGAAUUGGAAUCAUAUAUUCUUCCCUCCAAGGGAAAGGCCAAGGCUACUAAUAUGAAGGCGUCUACUAAAACACCUCCAAAGAAAGACUGGCGAAGGACACACGAAGAGUUCAUAGCAGCUAUCAGAGCAGCGAAAGAGGCUCAAACUCAUCUGGCUAAAGGAGGAAAGCUAUCAGAUCUCCCACCUCCCCCACCAUCGACAAAUCCCGACUAUGUCCAAUGCCCACAUUGCAGUAGAAGGUUUAACGAAGCCGCUGCUGAACGUCAUAUUCCUAAAUGUGCAGAUUACCAAUUUAACAAACCCAAACCUGGUGCAUCCAAAACAAAACCAACUUAUGGCAAGAAAUAGAUAGAUAGCCUGGCUUAAAAUUUUAUUCGAAUCUUUUCUGAUGUCAAAACGCUCGAUCUGCAAGCGCUAAAUAGUACAGUCAGAAUCCUUUAAGAAUAAAAAUAUGACAACUAAAGAUUAUUUAUUUUUCUACUUAUAAUAAUAAUAAACAUUUACUACCUUUGGUGGAGUAUCUUCGCAUAGUUCGUUACAGUAAAAGAUCAAGAAGCCCCCAAAAAUUUCGUGUAAAAUACAGCAUGUUUUAGGUAAAAAGACUUCACCUAUAGUACAAAUAAAUAAGAUAAAAACGUUCCCGUUUGGAGAACUGUCUUUAACAUUCCGUCGUCCUCUGAUCUUACCAUAUCACCUGCUCGUUCUUCUUCUUGUUGUGGUGCUUUAUCUUUUAGUGGAGGUUAGUGACUACAAUGGCGAAUUUAUCUCUGUCCAAUGCGACUCUAAACAAAGAUUUUUAAUCAAGACCGGUCCAGUCUCUGAUAUUUCUAAGCCAUGAAAUUUGGAGCCUAUUGGGCCCCCUUUUCCUUUAAUCUUACCCUGGAUGAUGAAUUGUAUCAGUUUCCUACCUGUACAUAUUCUCCUCAGAACAUUUUCGUUAGUGGUGUUGGUUGUGCAAGAUUGAGUGUGUGCGAUGUUAAGUGCUAUGCCUCCGUUCCAUAUUGACCAUAUUCCGUAUUGACCACACGUAGCAAUGCAGAAAACGACAUCUUAAGCUGAUAUUAAUGCUACUGUUACAAAAUAAACUUUUCAUUUUGAUAAACCCUUGUUGGGCUACCUCUACUCGUAUUCUCCUCUUAUUUCUCGUUUAUAAUCAAGUUGAUUAAUGAAUCAGAAACCAAGGUAUUUGUAUUGUUUUACGUAUUUUAGCUGUUGAUGGUUCACAUAUAUUGGAAGGGGUCAAUUUUUGUUUCCUGGUAUUUUCAUACCUUUGAUUUUCGCAGUAUUGAUCUUUAUCCCCGUUUUUCACAACUCUUAUUCGGUUAGCUUUAAUAUGUCAGACGAUGUUUUCAGUUACAUAUAGAGUCACCAAUUCAGCAUUGCGGCGCCUUCUCCACUCUCCUGUCCAUUUAUCCCUUUGAGAGCCAAAUAUAUUCUGAGAAUCUUCCUUUCAAAUACCAGCAUCUGAUUUAUUUCCCGUUGAUAUAGAGUCCAUGUCUCAUUUUCAUUUAAUAGUAACAACUGGGGAAUAAUUGACAUGUAUGUAAAGAGUUAAUUUGAUUGUAUGUUUAGCAGCUAAUAUCGUAAUGAUGAUGACAGGGAGUAUAAUGCUCUAUCCUCCACAACUAUCCUGAACGAGACCUCAUCGACGUGGUUGUCAUCUGUGAUUACCGUCCCUAGAUAUUUAAACUCUUUGACUACUUCGAAGUUGUCGUCAUUAAGAGUUAGGUUCUGCCUAAAUCUUGGUCUUGAAUUUUUAGAUACUAGCAUUCAUUUCAUCUUCUCUUCAUUUUGUUUGUACCAAGAUUAUUUUGUAUAAUCCUGGCAAUUAAAUAAUCCUUUAAGUUCUCACUAGGAGUGAGAUCAAACAAAAUGUAUUUCUUAAAAUGGACUUUUUAGCUUUGUUGUUGUGACAUUGGAAGUAAGAUGACAUUGUUUCGUUUUAGAACUGUAGUAGAUCACUAUUUUGUUUGCUUUUUUCAUUCGUGUCAUCAUCUUCUUAUUCUUCCUUCUUGUAUGUAGGCUUUAAAGCAUGCUUCUUCUUCAAUAUUAGCCUCCUAAAUUGUUUAAGUUAUCGCACCAUAUUUUUCUUAUUCUGCCAAUACUCCUUCGUCCAUUUGGUGACUUACCUCGUGCUAUUCGUACUAUCCUAUCCUCUGUCAUUCUACUAAUGUGUUCGUUCCCCUCCUGUUUCCGUUUUGUCACCCAUCCAUUUAUGUCUUCUACAUUGCAUGAUCUUCUUAUGUUCUCGCUUCUCUCCGUACCCAACAGACUUUUCCCUGAUAUUCGUCAGAGUAUCUUCAUCUCUGUUGUUUCUAAUAUGUAGUCGUCUCGUUUUAGAUAUGUCAGGUUCAUAAGGAACAAUUUCCUGUAGCUGGCUGUAUACCAUUAAUUACAAAAAUUGAAGAAAAAGGUAUUCUGUGUAAGAGGUAUAUUUAUUUGAAAACCCCAAUAGCGGGCCACAUUAAAAAACAGAACGUUUUCGCUCUAAAGAGAGCGUCAUCAGUGUUCUAAGCAAGCUCUACAUGCUAAGCCACCAAAAAUACAUGGGUUAAAACCCUUCAAAUGCCGACUAAAAGCCUUACAUUGGCGUAUUAUAUAUCAAACCCUGGCGAAGGGUGAAAUUUAAGAAGAAUAUACCUCAAGGCAUCAUAUGACUAUACCACGAGCAUGUGGGUGGUUGAGUUGAUUUCUCUGUCUUCACAAAGAGAAAGGUGAAAGCCAACUGAUGUCAGGUCUUGUCUCCGCCGUGUAUGUUAAUAUAGGUCUAAUUGCUGCUUUAUAGAUUCUUGCUUUUGUGUCUUGUUUAGGUGUUUGUUCUUCCAGAUUGUGUCAAUAAGAGAUCCCGCUGCUUUACUAGCUUUUAAGCUUUGUUGUCGUACUUCCUCUUUGACAUCCGUAACUGGUUACGUCUAUUCCCGGAUACCUAAACCUUGCUUCCUGCUUUAUUAUUUUUCCAUCAAUUUAGAUUUUACAUCGUAGUGGGUAAUUCGUGUCAUGAACAUCUUAAAAGAACAAGUCCUAUACAUUAUUUUAGGAUUGCGUAUGAGUGGCCUUUUUUUCAAGUUGUUAGCCUUUCUGUUCUUCUUCUUCUUUAAGUGCCAUCUCCGCGACGAAGGAUGCCAAUCAUCAUGGCUAGUUUGACCUUCGAGGCAGCUGCUCUGAACAGUUACCUUGAGCUGCAACCAAACAAUUCUCUCAGGUUCUUCACGCAGGAAACGCGUCUCUUUCCUACGCUUCUCCUACCCUCUAUUUUUCCUUGAAUUAUGACAAGAUGUUAUAUGUUUCGCCUCUCAUCACUUGUCCGAAGUAUUGCAACUUUCUUUUUUUUAAUGUGUUUUCAAUUUCCCUCUUUCUGCCUUUUAUCCCUAACACUUCUAUAUAUUUGUGACUCUAGCUACGCAUAAAAUCUUUAAUACUCUUAUAAAUGUCCCCAUUACAAAUACCGCAAGUCGAUUUAUUGCAUGUCGAUUUAAUGUCCAUCAUUCUGCUCCAUAGUAAUGCACACUGUGUACCUACAUAACAUUGAAUUAGUCUUAGUCUGAGGGCCAAUGUCAAAUUUUCCUGCAUAAAACUUUUUUCAUGUUCACGAAGCUGCUUUUUCAAUUCUGACUCUUAUUUCUGAAGUAUAAUCGCCAUUUUCUGUGAUUACCGUUCCCAAGUAAGUAUAUUUUUUACUCUCUCAAUCUGCUGGCUGCCCACCGUUAAUAUUUCGUUUGUAUUGUUCUUGUGUUCUUCGUAAUGUUACUUAUUUGGGAUGUCAUAAUGUUUCUCUUCAUAAGUUCUUCAUCUUCAUCGGAUUAUUUAUUUUGUUAUUUAUACAUAGAGUUAUUGUAACAACGGGUAAUUUUGUAAGCUGACUUUUGUAAGUUUAGGAAAGCUAAUCUUCUUCGUUUGUAUAAUCUUUAGCAAAGAUUUUAAAAUUAAAUAACUUUAGGAGUUUGUUGAAAAGAAUAUUCUAUAAGAGCAGAUUUGCUUGAUUUUUUUUUUCUUGAGGCUGGUAUUACAACAUUAUCUGCACUCCAUUUGCAAUAAUGAUUUGUUUUGUGGUAGUCUACUAGAUCCCACUGAUAUUGAAAUACAUUUAAUAAAUAUAAUAAUAUUAUAAAUACGUAUUCUUUGUAAUAUUAGAUUAUUUAUAAUUUAUACUUACCGAUUCGGUAGAAGUUAUUCUUAGAUAAUUUUGGCUGUGCUAUUUACUAUUUUAGUGUACCUAAUCAUGACGUGGUAGCCUUUAUAAUAUUUUUAUACUGCUUAAUUAAUGCUGAUUCUGAAUUUAUUUCUAUUAAUAUUUUCUAUUUUUAUCAUUGUAAAUUUAUAUUUAAAUAAAAUAAUGAAUAAAAA